AUGGCGUCUGACCAGUGUGCUGUUGGUCCUGAUGGCCGUCUAAAAGACGCUUCCGAAAUUACAUGGCACAAUGACCCAGACGACGAGCAACCUUUAUCUGUCCCUAAGCCUGCUAAAUCUACUCCAGUAAUACACAGUCUCUUCACUAGUGCUCGGCGCAGCACUCGCGCACCUCGACCUUCAACAAAAAUCAUGGAUCCUGACAAUGUUGCCUCGUCCAGUUCGACUCAUGGCAAGCGAAAAGCAACAGAUGAUCCAGCCACCAAACGACGAGUUGUGCGCAAGACCAUUGCAGAGUCCAGUGCAUCUGGUGACUCAGAUGAUGCAGGAUAUGAUUCGGAUGGUGCUGCUGACACCGAAAUCGAAGACAAUGCGGAGGCCUCAUAUGCAAUAACCAAGGCCAUGGGGGAUGCAGACCGUGAAGCUGGCACGACUCGCUCAAAAAGUGAUCGCACUGCAGAUGUUCGCACAAUCUUUGUCAAGAAGGACGAUUACUUGGACCCACAUACUAGUUCCCUCGAGUCUGGACAUAUCUGCACGGUUUGUGAGUGA